AUGGAUAAGAAUUAUUUGACAACAAUUAUUAAUAAUAAUAAUAAUAAUACUAAUAAUAAAAAUAAUUUAAAUUUUCCAUUAUCAUCAACAAUAAUAACAAUUGGAAGUGAUAAUUUACAUAUAUGUGAAAAUGAUCGUAUAUUAAAUGAAGGUGGUUCAACAAAUGUUUUAACAGAUUUACCAGCUUCACGUAAUCUUGAAGAAACAGAUGAAAAUGAAUUACCAUUUCCUGGUUUUAUUGAUAGAGUUUUUUAUUGUCUUAAACAAACAACAACACCACGUUAUCAAUGUUUAAAAUUAAUAACAUGGCCAUGGUUUGAACGUAUAAGUAUGAUUGUUAUAUUACUUAAUUGUAUAACACUUGGAAUGUAUCAACCAUGUGAACAUCAUUCGAAUUUACAAUCUUCAAAAAAAUGUGAUACACCACGUUGUAUUUGGUUACAAGCAACUGAUUAUUUUAUUUUUGCUUUUUUUACUAUUGAAAUGUGUAUUAAAAUGACUGCAAUGGGAAUAUUUGGUAAAAGAACAUAUUUAGCUGAUACAUGGAAUAGAUUGGAUUGUUUUAUUGUUUUUUCUGGUUUAAUAGAAGCAAUACUACCAGGUGAUAAUUUAAGUUUAUCAGCAAUUCGUACAAUUCGAGUACUUCGUCCAUUACGUGCAAUAAAUCGUGUACCAUCAAUGCGUAUACUUGUCAUGUUAUUACUUGAUACAUUACCAAUGCUUGGAAAUGUAUUACUUCUUUGUUUUUUUGUCUUCUUUAUAUUUGGUAUUGUUGGUGUACAAUUAUGGAAAGGUUUAUUACGUAAUCGUUGUUUUUUACAAUUAAAUACAACAACAAUAGUUGAUCAAUCUUUAUUUGAAAAUUUUCAUUUACGAGCAUUUUAUAUUCCACCUGAUCAAGAUUCAUUUGUUUGUUCUCAACCUCAAUCAAGUGGAAUGACAAAAUGUUCAGAUAUUCCAAAAUUACGAAAAGGAAAUUUAACAUGUGAACUUGAUUUUCAUACAUAUAAUGAACAUUUAUUAAAAGAUUCAAAUAAACCAACUAAUGCUUGUAUUAAUUGGAAUCAAUAUUAUAAAUUUUGUAAUGUAUCCGAUAAAAAUCCAUAUUCGGGUUCAAUUAGUUUUGAUAAUAUUGGUUUAGCAUGGGUUGUUAUCUUUCAAAUAAUAAGUCUUGAAAGUUGGGUUAAUAUAAUGUAUUAUAUUCAAGAUGCUCAUUCAUUUUGGGAUUGGAUUUAUUUUGUUUGUCUUAUUGUAAUUGGAUCAUUUUUUAUGAUUAAUUUAUGUCUUGUUGUUAUUGCAACACAAUUUAGUGAAACAAAAAAACGUGAAACAGAAAGAAUGUUAAAUGAACGAAGACGUUUUUCACGUUCAUCAAGUACAUUAUUAAGUGAUGAACCUGGUUCUUGUUGGGAAGAAACAAUUAAAUAUAUAGAACGUUUAUACAAACAUGCACAUAAAAAAAUUAAUAUUUUAUGGAAAAAUUAUAAACUAAAUCAUGCAAAUGUUACAGAAAAACGUUUAAUUGGUAAAAAAAAAUAUCGUCGAAAAAAAAAUGUUAAUAAUAAAUCGAAAACAAUUGAAAUUCAUUUAAAUCGAAAUUCAAAAUCAAAUUUAUAUUCAUCGGCAAAUCCUGAUAUAAUUCAUCAAUCAAAUUGUCGAUAUAAUCAAAUAGGUGAUAAUUUAUCAAAUAGAACAGGAGCAUCAUUAUCUCCAUCAAUAGCUGAUGCACCAGCUGCUAGUCCUGAACAAUCUUAUAUAUUAGAUUCUAUACAUACAACAAAUGCUCAUUUAGAUAAUAUUGAUAUUAUUCAACAUUCAUCAUCAUUUCAUUGUGAUCAAGAUAAUAAUUCAAUUCCAUCAAUAUUAUUAAAUAAUAUAUCAAUUAAACAAACAAUUAAAUCAAAUUAUUUAGAUUUAGAAAAUCAAUGUGAUUGUUAUCGUCAAACAAUUGAUAAUGAUAAAUUAAGUAUUAAUAAAGAAGAAGAUGAAGAAGAACAAGAUGAUGAUGAUGAUGAUGAUGAUGAUAAUAAUCAAAUAAAACAUAAAUCUAAAAUAUCAAUAUGUAUGGAUAAAUAUAUAUGGUCUUAUUGGAAUAAAUUUCAAAAAACUAUAUCAAAUUUUGUUGCUGGAAAAUAUUUUCGUCGUAUUGUAUUAUCAGCUAUUGUUAUAAAUACAUUAUCAAUGGGUAUUGAAUAUCAUGGACAACCUGAUUCAUUAACAAAUGCAUUAGAAUAUAGUAAUUUAGUAUUUACAUCAUUAUUUGCUAUUGAAAUGAUUUUAAAAAUAAUUGCUGAUGGAUGUCUUCAAUAUAUUAAAAAUGCUUAUAAUAUAUUUGAUAGUAUUAUUGUUAUUAUGAGUCUUAUUGAAUUACAAGGAAAUAAAAAUAGUGGAUUAUCCGUUUUACGUACAUUUAGAUUAUUACGUGUACUUAAACUUGUUAGAUUUAUGCCAACACUUAGACGACAAUUGAUUGUUAUGCUUAAAACAAUGGAUAAUGUAGCUACAUUUUUCUCUUUAUUACUUCUAUUUAUUUUUAUAUUCAGUAUACUUGGCAUGCAUUUAUUUGGUGGUGAAUUUUGUUCAAUAGAAGCAUUCAAUAUAACAUCACAUAAAGAACUUCACAUUAAAUGUAAAUGUUGUACAUGUCAUGAAAAUUAUAUUUUUAAAAAUGAUACACAUAUCAAAGAUUUUUAUUGUUUACAACCCAGAAAAAAUUUUGAUUCAUUAACUUAUGCAUUAUUAACCGUUUUUCAGGUUUUAACUCAAGAAGAUUGGAAUGAAGUACUUUACAAUGGUAUGGAAAACACAAGUGCAUGGGCAGCUUUGUAUUUUAUUGCAUUAAUGACAUUUGGAAAUUAUGUUUUAUUUAAUUUGUUGGUUGCUAUUCUUGUUGAAGGAUUUUCGACUGAAAAAAUGGGUGGUAAUUCUGAUAAUGAAACAAAUUCAAAUCGAUAUGGAAAAGUUGAUCCAUUCAAAACACAAGCACUUUUUACAGGUGAUAUUGAAAUGCCUGCUGAUUCGCAUGAUUUAAUUAAUGAUGAUACUGAAUCUCAUAAACAAACAAAUCAAGAUCAUAAAAAUUCUCGAACUAAAGAAGUAAAAAUAAUGAGUAUACCAAGAAUUGCAAUAAGUAAUGAAAAUGAUUCAAGUUUACAUGGUGUUGAAAGUUUAUUAAAAAAAAGUUCAAAUUCAAAUCAUUCAUCACCAUAUAAAUCCAUAAUUAAAAUUCGUUCAUCUCAACCUCAAUCAUUAUCAUCAUCAACAACACAAAGUUUUCAUACAUGUAUUGAAUCAAUUGAUAAACAAUCUUCAAAAAUUUCAUUACCUAUUCAACGUAGUCAUACUCUUUCAACAAUUAAAAAUAAUUCAUUUAAUAAUUUACAAAAAAAUAAUUCAUUUACAACUAUUUAUUAUCCUAAUCAUCGAACAUAUUAUUAUCAUAAACAAGAUAAAAAUUUAUUAAAUCCAAUACGAAGAAUUAAUUCAUAUCAACCAUCAUUAACAAAACGUUUUAUUAUUCAAGAUGGAAAAUUAAUUGAACAAGAAAAAAAUAAUUUCAAUAUAAUUAAUAAACGUCGAUUAACAUUUGAUAAUUUAACUUAUUCAAUAAAUCAAUUUGAAACAACAAGUAUUUAUGAAACACCUAAACAUGAUUAUUAUCAAUAUUCAGAUAAAACAUUUCGAUUAAUUAAUGAUUAUGAUUCGAAUUUAUUAACUACAAUUAAUAAUCAAUCUGAUAUGCAAAUUGAUAUUAAUAACAAUACAGAUCAAAAUAUAUUUCAAACGAAUCGAUUUUGUUUAAAUUGUUUAUGUGGAGAACAAUUCUAUAAACAUUUUGAAAGACGAGAAAAUUAUUCACUUUAUAUUUUUUCACCAGAAAAUCGAAUUCGUAAAGUAUUUCAAUGUUUAAUAUUAAAAAAAUCAUUUGAUUAUUUAAUAUUAUUUAUAAUCGCUCUUAAUUGUAUAACACUUGCUAUGGAACGUCCAUCAAUACCAGUAACAAGUCCUGAACGACAAUUUUUAAAUCUAACUAAUAUUAUAUUUACAAUUAUAUUUACAUUUGAAAUGUUAAUAAAAGUAAUAGCAACUGGACUUAUAUGUGGAUCUCAUACAUAUUUACGUAGUGGAUGGAAUCUUAUGGAUGGUUCUCUUGUUAUUAUAUCCAUUAUUGAUCUUGCUACAAUGCAUCGUGGACCAUCAACAACAAUUAAUUUUGAAUCAGAUGCAACAACACGUUUAUUUAGCAUGUUAAGAGUUUUUCGUCUAUUAAGAACAUUACGACCAUUGAGAGUUAUUAGUCGAGCACCUGGUCUUAAACUUGUUGUACAAACAUUACUUUCAUCAUUAAGACCAAUUGGUCAUAUUGUUGUUAUAUGCUGUACUUUUUUUAUUAUAUUUGGUAUACUUGGUGUUCAGUUAUUCAAAGGAAAAUUUUAUUAUUGUGAAGGUCCAUUAGCUCGUAAUGUAACAACACGACAACAAUGUGAAGAAUUGACUGAUCAUCGUUGGAAAAAUCAACAGUAUAAUUUUGAUAAUUUAGGUCAAGCAUUAUUAUCAUUAUUUGUAUUAUCAUCUCGAGAUGGUUGGGUACAAAUAAUGUAUAAUGGUAUUGAUGCUGUUGAUGUUAAUAUGCAACCAAUAAGAAAUUAUAAUGAAGCUAAAUUAGUUUAUUUUAUAUCAUUUUUAUUACUUGUUGGUUUUUUUGUAUUAAAUAUGUUUGUUGGUGUUGUUGUUGAAAAUUUUCAUAAAUGUCGUGCUGAACAAGAACGUGAAGAAAAAGCUCGACGUACAGCUAAACGUGCAAAAAAAAUUGAACGUAAAAAACGUCGUAUGCGUGAAAUACCAUAUUAUGCACAUUUUUCACCAUGGAGAAGACGUUUACAUAAUAUUUGUAAUAGUAAAUAUUUUGAUUUAAUUAUUGCUGCUGUUAUUGGUCUUAAUGUUGUUACUAUGUCAUUAGAAUUUUAUUUAAUGCCACCGGCAUUUGAUUUGGCUCUUGAUUAUUGUAAUUAUGUAUUUACAACUGUUUUUAUUAUUGAAUCAAUAUCAAAAAUAAUUGCUCUUGGACCAUUACGUUAUUUUAAAGACAAAUGGAAUCAACUUGAUAUAACAAUUGUUAUUUUAUCAAUAGCUGGAAUUGUUUUAGAAAAAAUGAAUAGUGGACAUAUACUUCCUAUUAAUCCAACUCUUAUACGUGUUAUGAGAGUACUCAGAAUUGCACGAGUACUUAAAUUAUUAAAAAUGGCAAAAGGUAUUCGAGCAUUAUUAGAUACAGUUAUUCAAGCUCUUCCACAAGUUGGAAAUUUGGGUCUUUUAUUUUUUCUUCUUUUCUUCAUAUUUGCUGCUCUUGGUGUUGAAUUAUUUGGAAAAUUAGAAUGUAGUGAAGAACGUCCAUGUACUGGACUUGAUAAACAUGCACAUUUUAAAGAUUUUGGUAUGGCUUUUUUAACAUUAUUUCGUAUUGCAACUGGUGAUAAUUGGAAUGGAAUAAUGAAAGAUGCAUUACGUCAAGAUGAUUCUCCACAUGGUGGAAAAAAUCAUUUAAUGUCAGCAUUAGCACCGAUUUAUUUUGUUAUUUUUGUUCUUAUGGCACAAUUUGUUCUUGUUAAUGUUGUUGUUGCUGUAUUAAUGAAAAAACUUGAUGAAUCAAAUCGAAUGAUGUCUGAUGACACAGAAAUAGAUGAAGAAAUUGAACGACAAUUAGAAGCUGAUGCACAGGAUAGAGAUUAUCUUGAACAACCAUUAAUUGAUGAUAAAGAAUUCGAUUUUCUCAAUGAUAAUAAUAUAAAGUAUUUUCCAUUAACAAAACAAUUAUCUUUACCACCAAAUUUUACAUUUCAUUCAAUGAGUUCCAUAACUGAAUGUUCAGAAAAAGGUAAAUCAAUUGAAAAAGUGAAUACUUCUUCAUUAUCAUCAUUAUUGAGUUCAACAUCUGGAAAAAUUAAUUCGGAGUUGGAUCAGAAAAUUAUUUCAAAUAAAAAUGAAGAAAAUUUAUCAUUAAUUAAUGAAAAAACUAAUGAUCUUGAUUAUAAAGGAAGAAAAUUUAUUAGUCAUCAUCGUUCAAAUACAAUUCCUCGACAUAAUCGAAAAAAAAUUCGUCAUAGAGAAGAAAAUUUAAUACCAACAAUAUUUAAUAAAAAUGAUAAUAAAAAAUCAAUAAAAAGAGAAUCAUGUUCAACAUCAUUAUUACAAAUUCCAACAAAACGACGUUUACAUUUAACUCACUAUCAUACUAAUGAUAAUACUAAUCAUUGUUUAUCAACUUUUAUUAUUAAUAAUGAUCAAUCGAAAAAAGAAAAUCAAUAG